AUGGAGCGGCAGUGCUUGGCGUCCUCCAUCCUGCAGCCGCUGGCUCCUGAUCCCGGCACCACGACUUCUGCUGCCUCGGUGACCCGUCAGAAGCGCGCGCGGGACUCGUUUCUUUACGACCGCAAUGGGAAACGUUUGAAGGGCCUAAAAGGCGAGGCGGCGAAGCUCAUGCACAAUCAUCGUUUUUUUAGCAGCGCGGAGGAAAUGCACCACCUUGAGCAGACCCUCGCGGUAGGCCAACGUUCCAUGGAUGCGUUGGCGGGCGGCAGCGGCGGCGGGGCAGGUGGGGCAGGCACACACAAACUACCUGCGUUACCCGACAUGUUCGGUGUCGUGCUGCCCACCGCGGCGUCUGGCGGAGGAACAGCCGAGGCAGUAAACGGUGAAGGUGUGGCCCUUGGUGCGGUGGUCCCGCCCAUGCACCGCUGGUCCCUUGUCCAGCGGCGCCUUGUCGCCGUAGCGCCGCAGUCGAGGGACACAGCGGGUCCAUGUGCCUCGUCGCCAGCGGGGUUGCCGCGGGUUGGCGCCUCUGGCUAUCGCUGGGUGCGGGCGGAUGCGUUACUCGUAGAGAAUGCCCUCAUGUCUGCGGCGCUGGCAGAAAAGGAGGAAGACAGGGAAACUGAUGGCCACUGCGGCGGUGGCGGCGGUGAUUGUCGUUGCGGGCGCGUGGAUCUUCCAGGUUCGUGGUUGGCGGCGCAGCACCUAUCUGUCCCUCCGGAGGUGGAACUUUCCGUCCUCCAUGCCUCGACCGAGCCCUCGCCCUUUGCAUUUCUUACCGUCUCCGCCGAGGAGUACGCGGCGAUGGGACUGGGCGGUGACGCGUACCAACCAGCUGUGCUCUCGCACGAGGGCGCCAACGACGCCGGUACGGAGCGUUGGAGGUUUGACUUCGCGUCCACGUGCAAGCUGCUGGCGCUCUACGAGCAGUUUGGCAACUUCGCGGUGGUCGCCGACCGGUGGCGCUACACGUGCGCCCGCGACACGCCGGCGGGAAGUAUGGCGACCUCCACGCACGCCGCCCCGCCCGUGGAGGUGUUGAUGGAGCGAUACAAACUCGUCUCGGAGGCGGUGUUGUGCCACCGGCUGCGGCGCCUGCAGGAGGCCCUGGAGGACGAGGAGGGCGCGAAGGCCGGCGGUGGCGCCGCCCUGUCGCCCUCCUGCAGCUCGAAGCCCCACAAGCGUGUGGCGGUGGGCGUGAGUCCGACGGGAGAGCGCGCCCCGGCGUCAACCCACCCACUCAUCUCGCUAAUGGAGAAGCACCCGGUGCUGGUGGCCCGGCGGCGGCGGCAGGAGUGGCUCACGCAAAGGUAUCAGGAGCUCAGCGGAGGCGCCGACCCCGUGCCGUCGCCGCACGAGGAAGCGGCCGAGGAGGCGAGCAUGCUUGCCAGGCACAGAGCUGAGGUGAUGCAGCGAUGUGUGGAGUCCUCCACCGCGUACUCCGCGUCGCCAGCGCCGUCACGGCGGCCGAUCAGUCAGGCUGCGUGUAAGGGAAACGGCGGUAAGGCGGACGUGUCGCUUUUCCCGUCGUCGUUCCCACCACCUCCGGCGUCGCCCUUCUGGUACGAUGGGCUGCUGGAGCAGUCGCGCCGCAGACGACUGCGUGAGUUCCUCACGCACGAAGCAACGAUGAAUGUGCCUUACUUUAGGGCAGUCAUGGCGGAACAGCGCGUGUCUAGCCAGGCAGCGGUGCUGUUUGACAAGCUGCGGGUGUUGACGAAUGGCACUGCGGCUGCUGUUCAACAGGACGAGGAAGUCUGUCGCGCGAAAGGUGGAAGAUCUCUAGGGAGGCGGUCUGCAUCUGACAGACCGAGAGGGUUGGCGAAGGGCCGCAAAGCGCAACAGCAGCACCAGUCUGCGUUGGACGCCAUGGGGGAGGACAGUUACCAGGGUGUGCAGGAAGAGGUCUCCCGCAUCCCGCUCCAGUGUGAACGACUACGGCUCUGCGUGCAGGCGGGAUGGUUUCUCCCGCCCCCUGUCGUUGGACCCAACAAUAAACCGACCGGCGGUGGCAGUACGGUGGCAAAUCGGGCGCUCAGUAAUUUUGCAGAGGCGCUGCUACUGAGUUUGCCUCCCACGGUGCCGCGGCUGCAUCUGGGGGUGGAGCUGGAACUAGAAAAGCACCUCUGGGAGGAUCACCGGGCUCUGUGCGACGACAGUGCGGAGGUGCAGCAGCUUCUGUGUGAGGCACGCGUGCUGUACACGCAGAACGUCAUUCUGCGUCGCUUUGCGGGGAAGUGCGGCGUGCUGGAGGCGUCACUAAAAAAAUUGGCGAGCGAGGCGGCUGCCGAGAUGUAA